CUACAAUCCCAAAACAGAUGAACUGUUCUGAUCAUCUCUAAGGCUAAGCAAUGCCUGCAACUCUAAGGAAUCUCCUCCUUUCUCUCAAUAUCUUCUCCUUCACCUUGCUUCUUUUAUUAUGCACACUUUUGUUCUAUACUUGUUUUGCCAUUGAUGAGCAAGGCCAAGCUUUGUUAGCAUGGAAGAAUAGUCUAAACAGCUCCACGGAUGUGUUGAAGUCAUGGAAUUCCUUGGAUCAAAGACCAUGCAAGUGGUAUGGGAUUCACUGCAAUUCAAAUGGGGAAGUGGAGGAGAUAAAUUUGAAGGGAGUGGAUUUGCAAGGGUCAGUGCCUUCAAAUUUUCAGUCCCUCAAGUCCUUGAAGAUCCUUAUUCUUUCAUCAACCAAUCUUACUGGGACAAUUCCUAAAGAAUUUGGAGAUUAUCAGGAGCUCACUUUGAUUGAUCUCAGUGACAACUCUCUCUCGGGUGGGAUACCAGUGGAAAUUUGCAAGCUGUGGAAGCUGCAGAGUUUAGCUCUCAACACAAACUUCCUUGAAGGUGAAAUUCCGGCUGAGAUUGGAAAUUUCUCCAGCCUUGCGUAUUUAACACUGUAUGACAAUCAGCUCAGCGGUGAAAUUCCCAAGAGCAUUGGAGAAUUGAAGAAGCUGGAACUUUUCAGAGCAGGAGGAAACAAAAACCUGAAGGGUGAGCUGCCUUGGGAGAUAGGGAACUGCACCAGCCUGGUUAUGUUAGGACUUGCAGAAACCAGCAUUUCCGGAAGCCUUCCUGCAUCCAUUGGAAAGCUGAAGAGGAUUCAGACCAUUGCCAUCUACACAUCAUUGUUGUCAGGUCCUAUUCCCGAAGAGGUUGGAAACUGCAGUGAGCUGCAGAAUCUGUACUUGUACCAGAAUUCCAUCUCUGGUCCAAUCCCCCGGAGAAUUGGUGAGCUCAAGAAGCUGCAGAGCCUGCUUUUGUGGCAGAAUAGCUUAGUAGGAACCUUACCAGAUGAGCUUGGAAGUUGCACAGAGCUAACAGCCAUGGACUUUUCUGAGAAUCUUCUCACUGGAAGCAUCCCAAGAAGCUUUGGAAACCUUUUGAAGCUUCAAGGACUUCAGCUGAGUGCCAAUCAAUUGUCAGGUACAAUUCCUUCUGAAAUCUUAGACUGCAUAGAGCUGGUUCAUCUUGAAAUUGAUAACAAUGCCAUUUCUGGGGAGAUACCUUUCCUUAUAGGCAACUUAAAGAGCUUGACUAUAUUCUUUGCCUGGCAGAAUAAGCUAACAGGCAAUAUCCCAGAUAGCCUGUCUCAGUGCCAGGAACUUCAGGCACUUGAUUUAUCCUACAAUAACCUUUCUGGUUCAAUCCCCAAGGAGAUUUUUGGGUUGAGAAAUCUCACCAAGCUGUUGCUUCUGGCCAAUGAUUUAUCUGGGUUUAUACCUCCAGAUAUAGGAAACUGUACCAAUCUAUAUAGGUUAAGAUUGAAUGGAAAUAGGCUAGAAGGAACUAUUCCAUCCGAGAUAGGGAAACUAAAGAGCUUGAAUUUUGUUGAUUUAAGCCAGAAUCACCUUGUUGGGGGAAUUCCUCCAUCAAUUUCUGGAUGCCAAAACCUUGAGUUUCUUGAUCUCCACUCAAAUGGGAUGGCUGGUUCUUUACCUGAGAAUCUUCCCACAAGCAUACAGUUCUUAGACAUCUCAGAUAACAGGCUCUCAGGCCCACUUACUCAUACCAUUGGUUCGUUAACUGAAUUGACCAAGCUUAACUUGGGAAAGAAUCAAAUAUCUGGUGAAAUUCCACGGGAGAUCUUAUCCUGCAGUAAGCUACAGCUGUUAAACUUAGGUGACAACAGCUUCUUUGGUAAGAUUCCAAAGGAACUUGGUCAGAUUCCAGCACUAGCAAUCUCUCUCAACCUUAGCCGCAACCAAUUUUCCGGGGUGAUCCCACCAGAGUUCUCCAGCCUUAGCAAACUAGGAGUACUCGAUCUCUCCCACAACAAGCUCACCGGGAACUUAGAUGCUCUUGCAAGCCUGCAAAACCUUGUAACCCUCAAUGUCUCCUUCAAUAAUUUCUCUGGUCAACUCCCCAACACCCCAUUUUUCAGAAAGCUCCCUCUUGGUGACCUUGAAUCAAACCAAGGCCUUUAUGUCUCUGGCGGCCUUGUAACUCCAGAUGACAGAAUCAGCCCCAGUGAGCGUGUUAAACAGGCUAUGAAGUUGGUGAUCUCCAUCCUGGUUAGCGCUAGUGCAGUUCUAGUACUAAUAGCAGUCUGCAUGUUGGUUCGAGCUCGAAUAGCUAGUGAUAGCCUGAUGGUAAAUGAUAACUGGGAAGUGACUUUGUAUCAGAAGUUGGACUUCUCCAUUGAUGACAUUGUCCUGAAUCUGACUUCCGCAAAUGUGAUUGGAACUGGGAGCUCCGGAGUUGUAUACAGGGUGACAGUUCCUAAUGGAGAAACAUUGGCAGUGAAGAAGAUGUGGUCAUUAGAGGAGUCUGGUGCAUUCAGUUCUGAAAUCCAGACAUUAGGCUCAAUCAGGCAUAGGAACAUUGUCCGGCUUCUUGGCUGGGGAUCGAACAGGAAUCUGAAGCUAUUAUUCUAUGAUUACCUCCCAAAUGGAAGCUUGAGUUCUCUCCUUCAUGGGGCUGGGAAGGGAUGUGCAGAUUGGGAGGGUAGGUAUGACGUUGUGCUAGGAGUAGCACAUGCGCUUGCGUACUUGCACCAUGACUGUGUGCCUGCAAUUCUUCAUGGAGAUGUGAAAGCAAUGAAUGUGCUGUUAGGUCCUAGGUAUGAGCCUUUUCUUGCUGAUUUUGGGUUAGCCAGAGUUCUAAAGAACAGCAACGGCGAAGAUGAUUUUUCCAAACCAAGCCAAAGACCUCACUUGGCUGGUUCUUAUGGAUACAUGGCUCCAGAACACGCAUCACUGCAGCCUAUCACAGAGAAAAGCGAUGUUUACAGUUUUGGUGUGGUCCUGCUAGAGGUUCUAACGGGAAGGCAUCCAUUGGACCCAACCUUACCAGGUGGUGCACACCUGGUUCAGUGGGUUAGGGAACAUUUGGCUGGAAAGCGAGACCCAGGUGAGGUUCUUGACCCAAAGAUAAGAGGGAGGGCUGACCCUGCAAUGCAUGAAAUGCUGCAGACACUGGCUGUAUCACUUCUCUGUGUCAGCACACGAGCUGAUGACCGUCCCAUGAUGAAAGAUGUGGUGGCAAUGCUCAAGGAGAUCCGGCAUGCAGAGGCCACCAGGCCGGAUUCUGAAAUCUCCAAGGGAGGAGGAGGAGGAGCGGGCUUGUCAGGACCUGACUUAUCACCUCCUGCUAGGAUUGUAGUUUCUCAGAGAUCUUCUAACUGCUCCUUUGCUUUCUCUGAUGAUUCAAUCCAAUCUUCAGGCGGAGGUUACAAGUUGUAGCAAAGUGCUACACCUACAAAGUUCGUGCAUAUUGCAUACGAAAAUCCAUCAGAGCAGAGAAAUAAUUUCAGAAUGAGAAUUUUAGAGAGUUCCUUUUUUCUUCUUUAUCUGGUAUUGUAGAUUGUUUAGGGAAUUUCCGAAGAAUUAACUAAUGUUUGAUGUAACCAAAAGAGGGACAUCUUGGGAGAUGGAGUUAGAGGGCAUGUAGGAGCUGAAACAACAAUUGUCAAUUGGUAUUGGUAACUUAGGAUAGGAUUUAUGUAAAAAGGAGUAUUCUGUGUUUCUCUUUACUCUGUCUUUAAAUUAAAACAGGGGAGGAGAAAGCACGCAUGGUGACCUGACCAUGUGCUGUUUGGA